AAGAGAGAGAAAAUGUGAGAGGGAGAGGAAGAGGAGUGCACUUGGCAAAGAGGGUGUUGGUUCCUCAGUAUCGUACUGGACACGUUUGGCAUCGGUAGUACCGAAACGGCCUUCCGGAUCGCUCGGCAAUACAUAUCGUCGUUUACGAGGACGUCGUGAAUUAUCGAGGAAGGGUUUCCUUCACGAGCUCCUACGGGGCAGAGUCGAUUUUGCGAUUUCGGCGACCGCGUCGGUUCUCCAAAAUGGUUUCCGCCGAGCGCGCAGCGAUCAUCAUCUUCGGGCUGGCCCUCUUCGUAACUUCAGGUUCCGCCUUACGAUGCUGGGUGUGCUCCUCCAACGUAAACGUCAUGUGUAACGACCCGAUGAACACCACAGAUCAUCAGGCUGCGUUCCAUAUAAGGACUUGCGACCCAGGCCCUUACGGCUCUUCAAAACCCAUCUGCCGCAAAAUCGUCAAACGAGAAUACGGCGAGCGAAUUAUCAUACGCCAGUGCUCCACUCCGUAUCACGAUGAGAUCGACGUAGUCAACGGCCAGUGCGGCAACUCCAUGUCACAGCCGGGACGUGAUGUAAUCGAGUCCUGCCACAUCUGCAGCACCGAUUUGUGCAACUCCGCAACGGAUGCCUCCGCGACGAGGCUGCUUUACGUCGCCACGCUGAUACUUCUCGCCUGCACUUUCCACCAGUCGAAAUACGUUCUUUAACUACCAUGACAAUAAUCUAUAUAGUUAAUAAUACAAAAGGAAAAGAGAAUGGAGAAGAGAGCGAUUCGAACGAUAGCUACGAGAAAUACUUAAUGUUGUAAAUCUACGACUAACAAACUUCCACUACGAACGUACACGCUGUUUCCCCGACUUGAUGGCGAUUCGAAAGACUUGUGUAAAAAGUGCGGCUGGAGAAGCCCUUACGUAAUUCUCUCCCGGUUCAAGUGCAGUCCGUUAUUGCGAGACGAAAAUUAUGCGAACGAGAAAGCGGAUUUUUACAAUUAAUAUUGGAUUCAUAAUCGAAUUGCUGUAAGUACAAAAAUAAAAAACAUAACAUAAUCAUGUGUA